UGCUGGAAAAAGUACAGAGUCCAGGGAAAGACUCGCUUGUAACUUUCUGAAUUCUUGGAUUUUUUUCUUUUUCUUACUUUCACUCAGGGUUACUAGAGUCUGAAGUGUCCUCCCCAAGGCCACAGAAUUUAACAAGCUGCACUUUUUCCUUCUGCUCAAUGAUUUCUGCUUUAAGCCAAGGGACUGCUUAUAAUUUCACAAAGAAUGUCUUCUAAUGCGGAUACUGUGGAUUUACAAGAUUCUCUAAAGCUUGGAUUUACACCUCUUGGUGCUGGGCUGCCGGACGCCCAAGGACCCCCCACCCACUCCCGAGGCCGCCUUGUCAUGCUGCCCAAAGUGGAGACGGAAGCCCUAGGACUGGCUCGAUCGCAUGGGGAACAGGGGCAGAUGCCGGAAAACAUGCAAGUGUCUCAGUUUAAAAUGGUGAAUUAUUCCUAUGAUGAAGACCUUGAAGAGCUCUGUCCCGUGUGCGGAGAUAAAGUGUCUGGGUACCAUUAUGGCCUCCUUACCUGUGAAAGCUGCAAGGGAUUCUUUAAGCGAACAGUUCAAAAUAAUAAAAGGUACACAUGUAUAGAAAACCAGAGCUGCCAAAUUGAUAAAACCCAGAGAAAGCGGUGUCCGUACUGCCGAUUUCAAAAAUGCCUGAGUGUUGGAAUGAAGCUAGAAGCGGUGAGAGCAGACCGAAUGCGUGGAGGAAGGAAUAAGUUUGGGCCAAUGUACAAGAGGGACAGGGCUCUGAAACAACAGAAAAAAGCGCUCAUCCGAGCCAAUGGACUCAAGCUGGAAGCUAUGUCUCAGGUGAUCCAAGCCAUGCCCACUGAGCUGACCAUCUCCUCUGCAAUUCAGAACAUCCAUUCUGCCUCCAAAGGCCUACCUCUGAACCAUGCUGCCUUGCCUCCCACAGACUAUGACCGAAGUCCCUUUGUCACAUCCCCAAUUAGCAUGACAAUGCCACCCCAUGGCAGUCUGCAAGGUUACCAAACCUAUGGUCACUUUCCUAGCCGGGCCAUCAAGUCUGAAUACCCAGACCCCUAUACCAGCUCGCCAGAGUCCAUCAUGGGCUAUUCCUACAUGGAUAGUUACCAGACAAACUCCCCGGCCAGCAUCCCCCAUCUGAUACUGGAACUUUUGAAGUGUGAACCGGAUGAGCCUCAAGUCCAGGCCAAAAUCAUGGCCUAUCUGCAGCAAGAACAAGCAAACCGGAGCAAACACGAAAAGCUGAGCACGUUUGGGCUUAUGUGCAAAAUGGCCGACCAGACCCUCUUUUCCAUCGUGGAAUGGGCCAGAAGUAGUAUCUUCUUCCGAGAACUCAAGGUUGAUGACCAAAUGAAACUGCUUCAGAACUGCUGGAGUGAGCUCUUAAUUCUUGACCACAUUUACCGACAAGUGGUCCAUGGGAAGGAAGGAGCCAUCUUCCUGGUUACUGGGCAACAAGUGGACUACGCCAUCAUCGCAUCGCAAGCUGGGGCCACCCUCAACAACCUCGUGAGUCACGCACAGGAAUUGGUGGCAAAACUUCGUUCCUUGCAGUUUGAUCAGCGAGAGUUUGUGUGUCUGAAAUUCUUGGUGCUCUUUAGUUUAGAUGUCAAAAAUCUUGAAAACUUCCAGCUGGUUGAAGGUGUCCAGGAACAAGUCAAUGCUGCCCUGCUGGACUAUACCAUGUGCAACUACCCGCAGCAGACAGAGAAAUUUGGGCAGCUGCUUCUUCGACUCCCAGAAAUCCGGGCCAUCAGCAUGCAGGCUGAGGAAUACCUCUACUAUAAACACCUGAAUGGGGAUGUGCCCUAUAAUAAUCUCCUCAUUGAGAUGUUGCAUGCCAAAAGGGCCUAAAUUCCAGCCCCCAGGAACUCUGCUUUCAAAACAAAAAGAUUGAAGGGGGAGGGAAAGAUGUAGAAAGGGGAAGGGGGAAUACUCUGAACUGCUCCAAGCAAUGCUAAUUAAAAAACUUGGUUUCAAGAGUUUGCAUUUUAAAAAGGCAUAAUAAUCAAAUACUGAAUAGUAAAUAAGUGAUGGAUCAGGGUAUUUGUAUGGCAAAAUGUGAAUCAAAGGCUUCAUACCCCCCAAAGGAUUCCAUGGAAAAGACAGUGAUGGAGCAGAAUAAACUCACUGGUGGAUUUCAACCCCUGUCAGUGCUGGAAUAAAAAAAAGAGUUCUUGGAUAUUUAACCCAUCUCUGUCGUGAAGAAACUUUAGGACUGAUCUGUGUUGUUAAUCAGGCUUUCCCAGCAGGAAUUUGUGCUCCCAGAAUUCCUCCAUGGUAAAGUGGAACUGAAACAUUCCUCAAAAAUUCAUCAGCUACACCUAGAAUAGCCCUGCCCUGUUCCUUUCCAGCACCUUCU